AUGUGUGGCUCCAGAAUAGAGCCUGUGGCAGCUAGGAAGUCAUCCCAUCUUGGCCCAGUGUCUUGGCAGCAAUUUGACCUGAAGAUGGCAGCCAGGGUGCUCUGGGGCAGCCUGGGCCUGCUGCGCGUGGUCUGGUGUCUCCUUCCGCAGACCGGCUAUGUGCACCCAGAUGAGUUUUUCCAGUCACCUGAGGUCAUGCCUGGCUUCAAGUCAUUGGCCUCUGAAGCCCUGGAGCUGCUCCCGGGGGCAGCCCUCACCGCAGCAGGUUUUGUGGCCAUGGACAGCUGGUACUUCUCCAGCCCAUCAAGAGCCAGUGCACUGGUCCUGACACCUGCCAACUUCCUGCACUACAACCUGGACCCGCAGAACCUGGCCCGUCAUGGCACGCACCUGCGGCUCACCCACCUGCUGGUCAAUGGCUUCCUGCUCUUCGGCCCGCUGCACGCCCAGGCCCUGUGGGCUCUGUGGCAGCAACUGCAGGCCUGCAGCCACCCCUUGGCGCCAAGGGGCUUCCUGAGGGCGCUACAUGCCAGGAGCCUGCUGUCCGGCCCUCGGUCUAACCUCCUUCUCCUCUACUUCACACCACUGGCCCUGCUGUCUGCCUUCAGCCACCAGGAGCCUCGCUUUCUGAUCCCCCUCCUGGUACCACUGGUCCUUCUCUGUAGCCCUCAGGCUCAGCCUGUGCCCUGCAAGGGCGCGCUUGUCCUCUUCAAUGUCCUGGGCGCCUUCUUCUUCGGCUGCCUGCACCAAGGGGGCCUAGUGCCAGGCCUGGGGCACCUGGAGCAGGUGGUUCAUGCGCCUGGGCUCCCAGGUGUGCCCACCCAUUACACACUGCUCUUCGCCCACACCUACAUGCCGCCCCGGCACCUCCUGCGCCUCUCCGGCCUGGGCUCACCUGUGGAGGUGGUGGACAUGGCUGGGACCGAGGACGGGGCCCUGUGCCAAGCCCUGAACAACGUCACCAGCCAGCCAGCCUGCCAGGGGGCUGGUGGCCCGUGGCUCUGCCGCCUCUUCGUGGUGACCCCCGGAACUACCAGACCUGCGGUGGAGCAGUGCGGCUUCCCCCUCCAGAGUGAGAUGCGCGUCUUUCCCCACCUGACCAUGGAGGACCCACCGGCCCUGACCUCCCUGCUGAGUGGGGCAUGGAGGGACCACCUCAGCCUCCACAUCGUGGAACUGGGGGAGAGACCUGACCCGGUGACCGAGUAGCCCCUGCCCACGGCUCCGUCACAGGGCCCAUCUCCAUCAGCAUGGGCAGUGGGGCAGCCAGGGCCCUGGUUCUCUUCCCUCCCUGUCCUGUCCACGAGUCCCACCACUGCUGAUCCUGCCACCGCUACGGGCUACUCUGCCUCCUGGGUGAGCAGCCCCCAUUUCCCUCAGAGGCAGAGGUCUGGCCCAUCACGGUCCUGGUGUCAAGGUCCCCGAAGGCACCUAGUGCCUCCUCCUGCCUCCUUCCAGCCACUGCGAUGUGUGAAAUAAUAGCCGCGUGCCUGCGUGAAGAGGGAGGAUCUGCAAAUGGUGCUCCCAAUGGCCUCCCCCGCCCUCCCAGGAGGCCUCACCUCGGCUGUGGCUUCCUGGGUGGCUGGAAGGCAGGCUGGUGAAGCAGAGAGCCUGACGCAGGUACGUGAGGCCCACUCCCAGUCCCUGGUCUGCCGAUCUCUGGUGGUAUCAUCUUAAGCCAGACCAGUUCCCACUUCUCCAGUAGGUUGCCGGCCGCUCAGGUGUCUGUGGUUAACCCUGGCUCCACAGCAUAGGGCCCCUGGUCAGGCAGUCCCAUCCCCCACAAAGCUCCCCAAGCCUGCAUGGGGGUGGUUUGUAACAAAUGGUACUUUGAUGCCUGGGAUCUCAUGGUUUGGUUCUUAACCAAAACCGAUCCUUCCGGAUCUUCGCUCCCCAGUCUCUUCGGCCUCAGCCCCUGGCAGAGGUGGGCACCUGCCAUCAUUUCAGCAUUUCGCCUUUGAGAAUCCUCUUCCCAGGUUUGGAGUCGAGCUGUUCCCUCCUCUGGCAACACUGUCUGGGCCCCCUCAACUGUCCAUACUAAGGAUGGAGCAAGGGCAGGGCUCAGUUAGGCCUUGCCAGUCACAGCCUGGCACCUCCAGAGGCCUUGGCCAGUGUGCUCAGACACACAACCGCCCCACCCCGCCCCCAUCCGACACCUCUCUUCACAAAUGGAGAGCAACACCCAAGCCAAAUCAGUCACUGCUGCCUUGGUGGGAGCCACCACCCUGGAAAGUUGCUCCCCGCCACGUGGGGCACUUCCACCCGGACCACUGGGAGCACAAGGGAUGUGGGUCUCCCUAAGUACUUCCUCAUUCGCGCUCUCACACCCUGGCCAUCCCAAAGGAGAGCCCGAGGCAUGCAGGCUGCUGCGACGGCCAAUGACUUAGGCCUCAGCGCAGAGCAGGGGACCAAAUCUAUGCAAGUGACCAAACAGAGCACACUGUCCUCCUUCUGCCUUCUCGCUAAAGCCGCCCUAAAGCCACGCAGCGCACAGGCACGUGGCUCUGUGGCUCCUUCCCCCAGUGCAUUGGGGAAGAGGAAAGCCGGUGGUGUGCUGCUCAAUAUUGACCCGCCCAUUCUCUAGGGCUAAAACAAGAGGGGGUGACGGGUUUCCAUUUGUAGUGUUAGCUGGUUUCUGUAGUGUAAAUAGUCUCUCCCCAUCAAUGAGUUGAAGAAGAAGUCAGUGAACUUGGCAUUGGGACAAGGCGCAGACCACAGCAUGUCCCCUUCUGCCCCGCCCCCAGCCCAGCAGCACCCUCCAGGACAGCACUGCUCUGUGGUUGAUGUCCGCCAUGAGCCUCUGAUUCACUGUCACCCCCUAGUGCUAGCAUUGCGUAUGGCAUGCGACCAGCACCUGUCCACGCUGCGGCAUAGACGGUUUCCUGCACAACAGAUGAAAAGCCGAGUGCAGCAUGGAGCUGCUCCAGACACCUGGGUUUCUUGGGAUUCUUGAUCCCCACCCCCA